AUGAGGCUUUCCCCUAUUAGUCAACAGCCACCCAUAGUGGUUUUCACAAAAGUAAAAUCUGAUGUGCCUGCUCGCCAUCCUGUUAGCAAUACAUCACAGAAUGAAUUGAACCAUCUACGGAGAGAGAGAAAAACCUCUUUUCUAACAAAGAAUCAUGCAGAAGAAGAAAGAAAUAAUGUAUUGGCUGAUUUCAGAAGAGCAGCAUCAGAGAAAGAAGGACUCAGGGAGCAAUUAAAGAUCCUAAAGGAAGAAUAUGCUUUAGAUAAAUUAAAAUUGGAACAGGACGUAUCAAGAUUGGAAAACACUGUUAAAAGAUUGGAAACAGAACGUCUUGAUCAAGUAUCUUCAGUGUCAUUGUUAAAAGACAAAAUAAGCUCUUUGGAAGAUGAGCUAAGCAUGAAGACUCAUCAGCUCUUAAAUACUUCUGAAGAUUCUGCACAGUGCAAGACAGAAAUGACUUCACUAAAGAAAAAACUAUCUUCAGCUUACAAAAAACAAUUGCUCAGUUGGAGUUGUCUUUAGCCCAAUUAAAGGAUGCCUUAAAUGGGAAAGACCGUGAACUUGCCAGUCUCCACCGCCAGUUUGAUGCGGUACACUCAGAGCUUGGAGAAACCGUCAGAGUGAAAGACAUGGCUCUGAAGGAAAACAGAAGAUUACAGGAUGAUCUAGCCACAAUGACGAAAGAAAACCAGAUAAUCUCAUCUGAAUUGGAAGAAACUUUGCAUGAAAAAGAAGAUCUGAAAGUUAGAGUUCAUAAUUAUAUUACUGAAGUCUCCAGAUAUGAAAGUUUAAUGGCCUUAAAGGAAAGAGAAAAUAAAGAAUUAUUGGAGAAGUUCCAGAUGCUUCACAGCCAAGCCGAAGAAUGGGAAGUAAAGGCCCAUCAAGCGGAGGGACAAAACAGCUCUGUACGAUUAGAGCUCCUUUCAAUUGAUACUGAACGAAGACACCUUAGAGAAAGAGUAGAAUUAUUGGAAAAAGAAAUUCAAGAGCACAUCAUUGCACAUCAAACGUAUGAGUCGCAAAUUUCUUCAAUGGCAAAAAAUAUGGCCAAGCUGGAAGAAAUUCUCCGGCGUGAAAAAGAAGAAAAAUCUUCAAUGAAUCACGAUGUGGCUGCUGUUAGAGAUUUAUGUCUCAAACUGGAAUCUGGCAAAGAUCUGCUCUCACGUCAAUUAACAUCCAAAUCUCUGGAAUUAGAGAGGAUUGUGUCCGAAUUUGAAAAUUCAAAGUCAGAAACGGAGCUGUUGAAAAAGCAACUGUCAAGUGAACGAGUUACAAUACAAAACCUGGAAACCCUCUUGUCUACCAGCAGAGACAACGAUUUUCAGAACCAUUUGAUAACCCAUGAAAAAGAUUCCGAGAUACAAUUGCUCAAAGACAAGUUAUCGCUCUCGGAGAGUAAAUUAACAAGUCUUACUAGAGAAGUUUCUAUACUGCGAAAUAAACUUGCACAGCUGCAGACUGAUUAUGAUAUUGUGAAAAGACAGCUGACAACAGAGCAAUUUGAACGGGAACGGGCCAUUCAAGAGAUGCGAAGGCUUGGCUACACCACCACUACUUUUCCUGCUUCAUCACCACUUAGCUCAACUUUGCGAUCCCCAUCACCUUCUCCAGAGGGGGCAUUUUCAAUAACAACAGAACGAACAGAAAAAAAUGUGGGCUUCAAGGAUUAAUCAGUUACUUUAAAGCAGAACAAUAAUGGGAUGUUUCCAUGUUUGGACUCACUGUCAGCGUUGACAUGAAUUCUACCUCUAAAAUGUUAAAUCAUUAACACUUGAAACAACAACAAGCUGUGUGGGAGCACUUAGUGUGUAAAUCAAACUUUGCAACAUUUUGCUAUCACACAUAGGCUAGGUUGGUUUUUAAUAAUUCUGAUAGGUUUGCCCUGCAGAUUAAGACUAAACAUCUGAAUUGGUGGUCAUAGUGUGGUUUGUUAUCUCUUCUUUCAAGAUUAUUUGGUUUCAGUUAGAUCAGCUAUAGUCUAUAGUUGCUAUUGACUGCAAAGCAGACAAUAUAGAAGAAGAAAAGUCCUUUAAUCAUGACUUAAUAUCUAUUAUUCAGAUUGUUUUCAUACCAGUAAUUUUAUAAAAUGUGUGUAUGUAUGUAUAAAUAAUGAAACGUUUAAUUUAAUAAUGUCCUUUAAACUGAGUAAAAUGUUACAUCAUUAGUUAAAAGGUGCCUUUUAAAUGUUAUCUCUAAAAUGAAGUAUCUCUGAAUUUUUAAAAUGAUUUUAUAUUAAAAAGCAAAUUUAUAUACAUUAAAUUAUGAUAGUAUAAAUAAUGUUAA